UCCUAACCAAGUGUAAGAAAACAGCCUGUACUUUGUUUACGUCCCUUCGGUUAGCUGUCAGCUGCUGUAGCGCUUUACCCAAACACACAGCCGUGACUGCGUGCCUCUGGUGGUUGCCUGGAGCUUCGCAAACUUUAAACCGAGUGCUCCGGAUGUCGUUAGCGGUUUGUUUUGUUGAAUGCGGGGGGACCCGCUAGAUGCCGACAGGAGGAUGAACUCCAUCACCGGUCGGGUUCUCGCUAUCCCCGCCGCCUCUGUCACCAACUCUGGAGCUUCAUCCUCUCGAGCCUUGCAUGUAGAGCUCACUUCCCAGCAGAGAAGACUGCGUCAUCUCCGGGGCAUUGCGGCCAGAAACAUUGUCAACAAGAAUGGUUCUCCACUGCUGGACACUUACUUCACCCUCCACCUCUGUAUAGGAGACGGCAUAUCCAGAGAUUUUUACAAGAGUGAAGUCAUACGGGACUCGCUGAAUCCAACUUGGCGGAGCCUGGAUUUUGGCAUGCUACCUGACCUCCUGGAUACCUCAGUGUCGUGCUUCGUAGUGAGGAUCUGGGGAGGACAAGAAGAACAGUACCAGCUGCUCAUAGAAUGGAAGGUCAACCUCGAUGGCCUCCGAUACACGGGACAGCAGAUCCGAUCCCGGAAUCCCAACGAGAUAAUAUUCGGGUUGAAUGACGGCUACUAUGUAGCUGAUUUUGAUCAUAAGGAUCGGUCGGAGCGGAAGAAAAACAGUCUGCUUCAGGUCGACCAGAGUUCAGUCAGGAAUUCCUACAGUGUUUUCUCUCUGCUCAGGCUCCACACAGCCCAGAGAGCCAUCAAACAGACCCAGGUGACUGUGCAGAAGAUCGGGAAGGAGAUUGAGGAAAAGCUGAGGACAACAACAACGUGCACGGAGCGGAAGAAGGAGCGAGAGUGCAUGCAGCUGCGCAUUGGCGUGCUGCGGAGUGAACUGCAGCGACAGAGGAAGGCCCUUAGCAGGGAGAUGGACCUGCGGCAGAAGGACCGAAUGCAGCUUCAAAAGAAAGAGGAAGCAUUCUCUGCUCAGCAUGAGGGCCUGAAGGAGGAGAAGGAGUCCUUAACCAAGCAGCAGAAGGAAUGCACUGCCAAGAGAGAGCAGUUUCUCAAGUCCAACGCCCAGCUCACCUUCCGCUGUCGUCAGCUCCUCUCCGAGCUCUCCUACAUCUACCCCAUCGACGUGGCCAAUCAGUCGGAUUAUGUCAUCUGCGAAGUGAAGCUGCCAAACUCUGAGGACUUUCAAGCAAAGGAUGAUGGGAGCCUGGCGGUCGCCCUGGGUUACACGUCGCACCUGGUCCUGAUGAUCUCGUGCUUCCUGCAGAUCCCUCUUCGGUACCCGGUGAUCCACAAGGGUUCGCGCUCCUCCAUCAAGGACACCAUCACUGACCGACUCACUGAGAAGGAGAGAGAAUUCCCUUUGUACCCAAGAGGAGAGCGCUUUCAUUUUGAAUACGGUGUCUACUUGCUCAACAAGAACAUUGCCCAGCUGAGAUAUCAACACGGCCUGACCACCCCGGACCUGCAGCAGACACUACCCAACCUGAAGAACUUUCUGGAGCACGGCCUGCUGGUCCGAUGUGACAGACACAACGUGUCAAGCUCCAUCCCAGUGCCGGCAAAGUCUCAGCUCGGUGUGUCUGCUGCCUCAGAGAUGGGCUUCCCUUGCCACACCAGCGCCCCAGACCGAGGCCUGAGGAAAAGGGCGAGCUCGGAGGCCGACAAGUACAAACCCACUCCUCCACCCAGCUACAGCACAGCCAUGGAGGAGGAGCAGCCCCCGACUGGCCUUGCCCCACCCUGUCCCUCUCCUUCUCCCAAACACCUAUCCUCUUCCCUCGAUGCCUGCAUGGCCUCUCUUAACCUGGCCAGGGCUUCAACGUCCAAUGAGGAGGGAGGGCAGAAGGAAGAGAAGGCAGAGAGGGGGGAGAUGGCAGUGGAGGCGGAGAGCCACAGAAGCCUCGAGAUCAAAGAAGACGAAGAAGAAGAGACAGGGGAGCGACCUCCCAGUUGCACCAGCGCGCCCGACCCCUCAACAGUUCAGGAAAGCCAGGAAGAAAUUGUGCUGCCUAGCGAGCACACGGCUGCCAUGAACGGUUCUUUGGUCGCAGCACAGGCGCCCCCCAGCCUGGCCCCCGAGCUGCGCUGCUCUGUGGAGCAAGCUGAGGAAAUCAUGGGGACGGAGGCCACGGGUUUAGGCCUGGGGAUGGGGGGCGGCUUGGGUUUAGGGCUGGCAGACGAGGCCCGGAUGGAGGACUACCGCUGCAUCCCCGUGGACCACGCAGUAGCCGUGGAGUGUGACGAGCAGGUGCUGGGAGAGCUGGACGUCGCCGGCUUCGAAGAGUUCUCCAGGCGAAUCUAUGCACUAAGCGAGAACAUGUCCAGCUUCCGCAGGCCGCGCAAGAACUCUGAUAAAUGAGGCGCAGCACCUGAGUAAAGCGGGAGCUGUGCACAAAACUUCUACAGGGGGCUUUGGACAAACGAAAGGCAGGGACACGAGGACGGCAGCUCACUGCCGCGUCAAAAAUCAAAUCAAAUUCUAGAAUAACACCCGAUUUGCACUUAUUGUCAACAUUUCCAUUGUGAUCUUUUAAAUGAAAUAGUUAAGGGUGCAAGUAUUGGGAUGGGAAACUUUACCUUUGUUUUUUGAUGGUAGCAUAUAAUAUAUUUUUUAACAUUUAGACAUUUACCAUUAACAACAGUUAUUGCAGUUUGUUUUUCCAUAACCAGUGACCAUAUGUGCAUCCCUUGCACUUUUUUUUUUCUUCAACUCUUACUGUGAUAACUGCCCCUAAAUCUGUGUGAAACAUCACUUUCAUUUAAGAAUCACAUCCAAACUCAGCACAGCCUCAUGACAUCAUUCCACAAAGAGCUUUCAAGGCGGCAGCUUUUUAGUUUUUGAGGCAAUUUGUUAAUCAUAAUUUCGCAGACGCCCACCUCUGAAAUGUUUGCAGCCAGUAGUUUUUCCGAAGUAAAUUGAGGCCACUGUCCCAGUACUUACACCUUGGACCAUACAGUAAAGCAAAAUGUCAGGGACCGUGGCAGUGGUUGACGGUAGGGAGGGCGCAUCGGGCUCCACAUUAGCACGCAACCACCGUCAAACCAUCGCUGAUAGGUGGCUAUUGAACAUGGCGGCAGCAGUCGUGACACAGCGUCGCCCUCGUCCUCGCGGCGGGUCAACCCAGCCCGCCACUGUCCACACAGGAGUCGGGUUUCUCCUUCAGGUCUUUAGAGGAGGGUCAGGUGGCAGGUUGGAGCUUACGGCACAUGGCAGGGAUACAGUGCAAUUGUUUUUCUGUCCAUCUCUAUGUCUUCUAUUUUUUGGGGGGGGAUUUUUCUCUUUUUGAUUUUAACCUAUCAAUAUUAACGUCAAUGUUAGAAAAAAUGUUAUUCUGUGUCUGUGUUCUGUUGGAAAUGUUAACAGCAAGUGUCUCUGAUUUCUUUUUGUCCAUUUUCUGAAUGCUUUCUUGCACUGGUGUUCAAUUACUGUUCAAUUACUGCUUUAUUUAUGUCCCGCAAAAAACAUUUAGUUUUAUGUUCACCACUCACAUGGGAUAUCGCUCAUUAACGGUGUAAGAUGUUAGACUGAUGUAAUCGCUGUCUGGGUCCUGACAUGGACAGCUACUUUGCACCAUGACAAAGACUCUCCACUGACAGCCCACUUGGUGUUGCAAAUCCAGUACUGUGGUUUGCUGACUGUUGAGAAAUAUUGUAUUUAAAGCUAAAAGAUGAACUGUGUUCGAUCAUUUCCAUUUUGCAGUUCAGUACAAUGUACAGAGACUUUUGUACGGAGGGGUGUUUUCUUUUGUUUUUUUGUUAUUAAAGACUUUCAGUCCAAUGGCAUGGA